AGUUUGGGCUUACAACGAAUGCUGGCUGAGCGAUCGCAAACACAAAUUUGAAAUGAUGACUUUGAAAAAAUGGCUUAUCAGCAGCAGCUUGCUGCUAUAUCUGACACUUACACAGUAUCUGGUCGCCGCCAAGGGCCGAUAUAAUAUCACUUUUGCGCAGUUGGAUACAUGCGAGAGCAUUGAGAUCGAUACAGGCAGUGGCUAUGCCUACAGGGAUUUCUUCAUGGUGCACACCUUGGACAACAAUAACAUCAAGGCAAAUGAGCGCCUGCAUUUGAAAUUCUACGUUCUGGCAAGCAUGGAUGCGCAUAUUUUGCUAUCGGUAACCAGUCGACCACGUAACACUGAUCGCGUCUAUGAAAUCGUGAUAGGGGCCGGCGGAAAUACGUUCUCGACCAUUCGCACUAGUAUGGGUUUGACACGCGUCUCCACAAACCAAGAUCAUAAUUUGUUAUCGGUCUACGAGCCGACACCCAUUGAAGUAGUCCAAUUUAAGGAUGGUCAAUUAUUUGUUUACAUACCCGGCUUUAAGAAAGAACCACUACUACAUUUCGAGGACGCAUCAGCUCUAACUAUUAACUACGUCAGCUUCAGCACGUUUGGAACGAAUACUGCACGCUGGUUCUACGACUGUCCCUUUGAUGGUUUCUCUAAUGAGAUGGAGCAACAGCAGCGGGAGCAAUCCGUGGAAGAGCGUUUGGUUAACUCGCUCAUUUAUCAGGCACAGAAUAGCAGUCUGCCCCAGAAUCUCAGUGAGAUUAAAUUCCAUUUUCAAAUGCAAUCGGUGGCCUACGAGCAAUCCGCUGCCAUACUGCGUACUCGAAUGCAGCUGAUGUUGCACUGGGUGGAUUCACGGCUGCGCUGGCAGCCGGAGGACUAUGGCCAAAGGACGUCCUUGGUUCAUCCUCAUUUGCGGAUAUGGACACCAGAGCUCAUCAUCCUCAAUGCCGCAAUGGAGUCGAUGGGUGUAGUGUUGAAAGCUUUUGAGCUGCGUGUUUAUAGCAAUGGCAAUGUGACAUUAAUGGUCAGCAAUUGGGAGGUGACUACCUGGUGUGUGGACACCGCACGGAAUUGGCCCAACGAACGCAUCAAUUGCGACAUUCAGCUGGGCGUUGGGCAGAAUCAGGCGGACAUCGCUCUGACCUAUGACAACGAACGUAAACCGUUGGCGCCCAAUGAACACGUUAACACACCAUCUGGCUGGACAUUUGUCGAGAUCGCUGUGACGCAUGUGCAGAAUGCAACCACGAUGAGAUACACACCAGAUGGAUUCCAACAGACGGUCGCCGGUGAUGUAUCCAUUGCAUUUACGCUGAAGCGAAACACGGCUUUCUACAGUCUGGUCUUCAUAAUGCCGCUAGUUGUGUGCAAAAUCCUUUUGGGACUUUCGUUUCUUUUACGCGGCUAUCGGCGAAGUGCCCUUAUACUCAUUGUUGUGCUGCUAACUGCCUGGAAUCUUAUGUAUCUCACGCGGCACGCCUCGCCGCACUAUGUGCCCUCGUUGAUGUCUGGCUUUCAGCAUGUCAUGCGGAUUUCCAUCUAUUGUUACUUGCUGCAUAUUGCCAUAAUUUGGCUCGAACGCUAUCCACCACGUGCUAAGGCGCCUGCCUAUCUUUUGGCCAUAAUCAACUCGAAACCAUUGCGUUUUUGCCUUGGACUUCGCAUCUCUGACGCGACGGAAUACUGCGAUGUUCAGGAGAAACCCUGGCGCCAAUUGGCCAAAAUGUUGAACAACAUUAGCUUCAUCAUUCUCAGCAUUAUCUUUGUCUUAACCAAUUCAGUUGAUAUGGUUACUGCGUUGAAUUAAAUAAAGAAAAGCACAAAAAAAGUGCUAUAAUAAAUAAUUAAAAUCAUAAAAAUUAUGUUUUUAAAAUGUAGAAGAACAAAUGAUUAUUUAUUGUUUACUCCACAUAUUAAAAGACAACUAAAUAAAAA